AUGGACUCGAACCUUCCGAUUUAUGGGAACUAUCAUGGCUACUACUCUAAAAGGCCCUUCGUGAAUGAUCCACGACUAGCCUUACUGCCUGUGGACUCUUUUGUUGGAAAGCGGGUGUUGGAUGUAGGAUGUAAUGAAGGUUAUGUUACUUGCGAAAUUGCUCAGUCCUGGGGAGCCCACAAGGUCAUUGGCGUUGACAUUGACAAGUCUCUGGUCCGAGCUGCAUGGAGGAGACGAACCGUCGUCUGGUCUACUCAAUCCCCUUCAGCGCCAGGAACGGACACUUCAGUGCACCCAGAUCAUUUUCCUCUAUCGUUUGAACAUACGUUUGGAUCUCUGCCAAUACCCCCCAACCGGAAUCGCGGCAAGCACGUCUUUCCGCACAACGUUUCGUUUCGCGCGUCGGAUUGGGUCAACGACCAGAUUCCGGAGGAUUCUGAACCAUAUGAUAUUAUAAUAGCGUUCUCAAUAUCGAAAUGGAUCCAUCUGAAUCAAGGCGAUGAAGGACUUCAGCGAUUUUUCCAUCGAGUGUAUUCUCUUCUUCGGCCGGGAGGGACCUUUGUCUUCGAACCUCAAUCAUGGGAUACAUACAAGAAGGCGAAAAGAUUGGACAAGAAUCUGAUGGAUAGAGCGGCGACACUGAAAAUACGGCCCGAGGAGUUCGAGUCGCUGCUAUCUCAAUUAGGCUUCGGUCCGGUCAAGCACUUUGGUUUGGCUGGUGAAGGAGGUUUUCGUCGCCCAGUAGAUUUAUACGUGAAACUAUGA